AUGCCGCGGUUAAACCCAGCCUCUCAGAAAGCAAUCGAUCGGCUGAGAUCGUAUCAGCCCCCGGCGACCAGCUAUGAUUUGGUGCCGUUGUCACGCCGAGCGGCUGUUCUCGUCCUGCUUUAUGCUGACUCGAAGGGCGACCUUCGGGUGGUUUUGACCAUGCGAGCGAAAACUUUGAGUUCUUAUGCCGGCCAAGCGGCCCUCCCUGGAGGUAAGGCGGACUCCGUCGAAGAGACACCCUUUCAGACCGCGCGCCGCGAAGCACAUGAAGAAAUCGGCCUAGCGGACAUCGGCCAGCCCCUGCCGCAUCCGUUCUCCGUCGAGCAUCUCUGCGAGUUCCCUGCCAGCCUAGCACGUACGGAACUGGUUGUUCGACCGUGCGUGGCACUCUUGCAUUCCUACGACGAGACGACGAACUCCAACGCCGACCCGGAGGUGUCGUUGAUCCCGAAGCUGGAUGCGCGCGAAGUAGCGGCCGUGUUCACGGCGCCGUUUAGUAAUUUUCUAAGCAUGCGGGAUGAAGAGGAGUGGGUGGUGGGAGACCAGGGUAGCAAUCAUGUGAAGCCGGAGGACUGGUACCAAGGGGCCUGGACCGAGUGGCACCAGUCGAACUGGCGGAUGCAUCAGUUCUUUGUGCCGAUUCGGCCGGAGGCGGUGGUGAAGCCGCGGGCCAGGACGAGGUCAGAGCAUCUGAAGACGGCAUUUAAUGAGCUGGAGGAGAAGGAGAAGGCAGGCGAGGUGGUUCGGUAUCGCGUUUGGGGCAUGACGGCUCGUUUGGUGGUGGAUGUGGCCCGGGUGGCAUAUGAUCGGGAGCCAGCGUUCGAGCACAAUAGCCACCUUGGGGAUGAGGAGAUGAUUGCGAGGCUGCGGCGUAUUGGACGACUGAGUCCGAUUCGGAGGUCGGGCGAUGUGCUGACGAGAGAGGAUAUGGAGAAGGCGGCAAAGUUGAGCUAA